AUGAUAAAAUUUUUUUUUAUUGUUUCAUUAUUAAUUUCUUUAAUUAAAUCCAAUCCAAUUGAGCAACAUGGAUGGACUAUAUGUGAUUUAAGUGGAUAUUUUAUUCCAUUAAAUGGAUAUCGAUGGUUUAUCGUAAAUAAGAAUACAACAAUAUGUACUUGUCCUGAUAAUCUUCAGUCAACAAUAAAUCGUCCUUGUCGAAUUUGCCAUCGAGAAAAUAUUUGUGGUUCAAAAGAGGCUUUCUGUUCAGAAGAAUCAACAUUUUUUAUCACAACUAAUACUAGUUUUCAUUAUGCUUGUUUUUGCCAAUCAGAUUUAUUUCUAGUUGAUAAAAAAUGUCCAGAAAAUAUUGUAGAUGAAACAACAUCUUCAAUAAAUCUAAUAGAAGAAACAACAAAUCCUAAUACAAUGUCAACAACUGUUUUCAUCGAGGAAACAACAAAGACGUUUUUGAUGACGUCAACAAAUUUAAUUGAAGAAACAAGCAUAAUUCCAUCAACAGAAUCAAGUAAAACAACAACAACAACAACUACAGUUGUUAAUUCAUCCAUGAAUUCAUAUCAAUUUCUAAAAAUAUAUUUCGUUAUUUUAUUAAAUAUUGUUUAUUUCUUAAAUAAAUGA